AUGGAGGCGGCAUUGCAGGAGGUGGCGCCAUACAUCAACGAACUGACAAAUGACAACCCAUCGAGUGCCGACGAUGCGCAGACGAAGACGAAACUCGCUGCCAUUUUGAAGCUUCUCAUCGAGAAGGACUUGGCCUACGUCAGCUUUGUCUUCCCCAAGAAGAUGGGCUGCCACGUGCGGAACAGGUGCGGGAUCGGCCUCGACCCGUGCGACGUCCACGACUUGUUGGCGCAGAUUCUGUUGGACGGCUUUGUGCUUUCGGAAACUAAGAACGCCAUCGCGUUCGAGGACAUGUCCUUUGUUUCUGUGUCUUGCUCCCACACGAAUGGGGGCCUCAACGCCAUCGACUACAAGUGCAGCACCACCGUCGAGGCCGCUGCCACGAACGGGAAGCUUGCUAUCGAGAAGGUGAACGCCAUCAACCCGCCCUACGCGGCAGCAGUGUCGUCGGGGCUCGAGUGGACGAUCAUCCGCUGGCAAGUGGAGCAUCAUUGCCCUCACCUGGCCGACUUCAUCCAAGCAGCGGCCAACCGAGGGCACAACACUAGGCGGGUCACGACGGACGCCCAGGCGCUGAUGCAGAUGCAUCGGCUCGGCGCUCGCAACAUGCAGGUACAGCACGCGUUCAUGCGGGACAUGGUCGCGAGACACGUCGAGGGCCAGCAUUCGCAUUUACGUGGCCACGCGCGUGACAUGUGCUCGUUCGUGGAGAAGUGGAGCGGAGGCAGCGACGCGCCGCUCUUGAGGAACCUCGACGAGUGGUGCAAGACGCUGCAGUCACGCCGACGCGUUCCAGGAUCGGCAUUCAAAGUCCUGGCCAACUUGGACCUGAUAAGCUGCCCCGAGACGAUCUACUCACUCUUGAAAGCUGCGAUCAAGUCGCCAGCGAAGUUCGUCACCCCUGGCGCCAACAUGAGCAGGCUCAUCAACGGUAGUGAUUGCAACGCCUUGGCGACUAAGCAGCGCGGCUUGUGCAUCCAGCUGUCCACCAUGAUCAAGGCUGCUACAGCCUGGUUCGGUGAUCAUGCUCAGAAGACCGAUCCUUCGCUCAAGCGGUCGGUGUUCGUCCAGGAGCUCGGGACCAUGGAGGUCAACGGAGUCACGAUGAUGAUGAAGAAAGCCGCUCGUGGCGUGCAGGCUUACACGUCGCUCGAGGCUGUCGGCGCCGACUUCUUGGCCAGAAUCUACGAGCUGGCCCCCAAGACGAAGGACCUGGAGCCGCCGUUUUCUCCCGAGAAGCCCCAGCCGAAGAAGAAGGGGGGAAGUCCUGACAGCUCCACUGGCUUCACAGAGCUGGCGGACGGCAUCGACGGCGGCCGCCUCAAGCAGCUUGGCCUCAUCAAAGGAGCUACCGUUUCGCUGAAGACGCCCCUGGAGAAGGGUGAGGGCGACAAGUACAUCAUCAAGUGCAUCGUAGAUUCGCAGGUGAGACUUCUGAGCGAGAGCGACGUCGAGAAGGCGGAUGGGAAGAAGCCGCCCGUCAUGAAGUCCAAGUCCAAGAAGAGGGGCAAGAGCGGCGAUGACGAGGCCGACGAGGACGACAUCGAGGACGGCACGGACGGCUCCAUCAAGAUCUCCACUGGGGACUUGGUGGACCUCUACAAGGACCACGCCGAGAUGUCGCUCAUGGCCACACAGGCCCAGCUGAGGCUGGCCUUGAUGCACGCCUACAGGAUUGCGAGCAAGUCUGUCAACCUGCAGGUCACUUACGCUGUGGACCCUAAGGUGGAAGUCCAUAAGCGGGCGCUCAAGAAAGACCCGCUGGUGAUUCCAUUUUGGAACGUCCCCGCAACCGACUCGAAAUCUGAUGUAAAUAUGACGCCGUGCACUAUCAGGAUCGAGGUGCAGCGGGCCACGCUGGGUCUUGCGAAGGACGGCGUGUGCAAGAUCGAGGUUCCUAUCCCCGCUUUGUGGAACGCAAAGCCAAUUCAGCAGGGUGCCAAAUUGUACCGCCAGCGCGCCGAGGCUGCGACCACUUCGAAGGAGAGUGCCUCCCCUUCUGGGUCUAGCAGCAAGAAGUAG